AUGGCUUCGAAAUCGACAGACGUUCCGGAACGAACAAUUCCCAUGGAAAUUCUUAAUCUGUCUAUGCCCCGUACCGGAUCUCUGUCAAUCAAACAUGCUCUGAGUAUAUUGGGCAUCGAUUGCUACCACGGUACCAACCUCGGAGGCAAUAACCCCGAUAGGUGGUUUUUCCUAGAAGCGGCACGAGCAAAGGCCCAGGGACAAAAAGUUGAGCGCACUGCUAGUUACUGGGACAAAGUCCUUGGCAAAUUUGGCGGAGUGAGCGAUUUCCCCUGCAUUGCAUUCACGGAUGAACUCAUUGAGGCGUACCCGGAAGCCAAAGUUAUCUUGGUCGAACGCGACGUGAACUCGUGGACUGGAAGCUUCUUGGAAAUUUUGGAAGAUUGGAGGAGCGACUGGAAAUUUCAAUUGCUCACGCGACUCGACCCUUGGAUCUUUGGACCGCUCUACGAGCUUUUGAUGCUGUCGCUUCGAAUACAAUUCAAAGGCACAUCGACUGAGCACCUUAAAAAGACUGCGGCAGCAGGAUUCGAGAAGCAGUAUGCGCAUGUCAAGGAAGUAGUCCCUCCCAAUCAACUGCUGGUGUACACCUUGGGAAGUGGUUGGGAGCCUUUGUGUGAGCUUUUGGGCAAGCCGGUGCCCGACGUGCCUUUUCCACGACUUAAUGACCGUCAGACUUUCAUAAAAACCACCAAGGAGGGUUGGAAAGUAUACAUUGGAUUGUCGACUAUCGCUGGCACGAUGGCCGUUUUGACUCCGAUUUUGCUGAGCUGGUGGAAGUAUCGGAUAGUGUGA